UUUGAUCCAUUAAACCACAUAUAUAUAAAUAUACGUAGGUCGAUGAAUUGAAAACAUAUACACCCACUAGAAAAUUAAUGGCAACCCAUAAUGAAAAGCAAAAGAGAGGUUUCUUGAUGAAAUUAUACAAGUAUUCUAUUUCUACCACUAAAAAUUACAACCCAAAACACAUAGAUUCAAACAUUAAUAUUGUGGCAAAUAAACCUGUAGUUUUACAUAAUUUGUUAACGACAAAAUUGGAAGAUUAUGAUCAACAAGUACCGGAGAUGGGUGCUGCGGUGGUGGCGGUGGGAGGAGGAGGAGGAGGAGGAGAAAGAAGAGGCGGCGGAGGAAGAAAUGUGGUGGUGGAGGGAAGAAAGUCAGUGUCGCAUGUUGAAACAAAUAUAAAAUCAGUAGCUUCAUUUCUUCAGGUGAGGGUAUUAGUGACAGACAUGCCUGCAUUUAUGCAAAUUCAUGCUUUUAGAUGUGCAAGAACCACUUUUGAUAGCUUGGAGAAGUUUAGCCCUAAACAUGUGGCUUACAACAUCAAAAAGGAAUUUGAUAAGGUGUAUGGGCCUGCCUGGCAUUGCAUCGUGGGUUCAAGUUUUGGGUCGUUUGUGACCCAUUCAACUGGUUGUUUCCUUUACUUCUCAAUGGAGAAGCUUUACAUUUUAGUUUUUAAAACAAAAGUUCAAAAAACUUUGGGUUCAUCAUCUUGAUUAAAUUAUUUCUUUUGAUAAUUUCAAAUGGGUGGGUAUUCAUAAGUUUUAAUGCCAAAAUUCUUUAAUUUAGACCAAACAAGAAAAAUAUAGUGUGCUUGAUUGAAUUGUUUUGCUAUUAUUAGAGUGUACUUAUUUGUAAAUUUAAGUCUAAAUCCCUACUUCUAUUGUUGAGAGUUUUUUCUCCCUUAACUUAUGUUGCUUGACAUUGCCACUGUUGGACUAAUUUGAAUGGUUAAGACACCUCUAAAUGUA